AUGGUGGCAAAGCAUUACAAUGAUGAACGUUACAAGUCUAAUAAGGACCUAUAUACUGGAGGUGUAUCAUACAAAUGCGGAACGUGUAAUAAAGAGUUUAAGAACAAAGCGCAUCUGACUAAACAUGAAAGAACACAUAAUGGCGAAAAACCUUACAAAUGCGAAUUUUGUGAAAAGACAUUUAGUCAAAAUGGACAUCGAAGACAGCACAUAGUGGCAACGCAUUACAACGAUGAACGUUACAAGUCUAAUAAGGACCUAUAUACUGGAGGUGUAUCAUACAAAUGUGGAACGUGUAAUAAAGAGUUUAAGAACAAAGCGCAUCUGACUAAACAUGAAAGAACACAUAAUGGCGAAAAACCUUACAAAUGCGAAUUUUGUGAAAAGACAUUUAGUCAAAAUAAAAAUCUAAGACGGCACAUAGUGGCAAAGCAUUACAAUGAUGAACGUUACAAGUCUAAUAAGGACCUAUAUACUGGAGGUGUAUCAUACAAAUGCGGAACGUGUAAUAAAGAGUUUAAGAACAAAGCGCAUCUGACUAAACAUGAAAGAACACAUAAUGGCGAAAAACCUUACCAAUGCGAAUUUUGUGAAAAGAUAUUUAGUCAAAAUGGACAUCGAAGACAGCACAUAGUGGCAACGCAUUACAACGAUGAACGUUACAAGUCUAAUAAGGACCUAUAUACUGGAGGUGUAUCAUACAAAUGCGGAACGUGUAAUAAAGAGUUUAAGCACAAAUCGGUACUGAUAGUUCAUGAGAGGACUCAUAUUAGAAAACAACCAUACCUUUGUGAGUUUUGUGGACUAGUGUUCAGUACGCUCACCCCGCCCAAGGAGUCGCCAUCACCACCACCACCACCACCACCACCAUCGCCGUCGUACAUGGAACGCAGGAACGUGGUCGAUUAUUUCGCCGAGUCCUCGACGAAGGAGCGUGCGAGAAGGUCGAACUCUGCCGCCGAUGCGCGCUAA